AAUAACGGAUGAAACAUACUGCAAGAAAUAUUUUGCUAACUUAUUUUGAAAAGAUCUGAAUAGAAAAUCAAAUAAAUGGAAAUUUAUCUUUUUUAUUUGCAGUUCACGUGACCGGCGUACGCCGAAGCGUUGGUUUAUUAUUAAAAAUUAUUUUCUUGCUUCUUGCCGCUCACGUGGUUGGCCCUAUAUGAUGCAAAGUACCAGACUCUCACGCUACCCCAUACCCACCACAAUCCGAAAUCCUGGAUCCGUCCCUGUCAUGUUCGUAUAUUUUGUGUGUGUCCUGGUUAUAUUAUGCGUUAAACUCUGAUGAUAUAGGAUAUGAAGCGUGAAGAUUGAGAAUGCAUUAGAGCAAAGGCAUGUAAUGAACAACAAAGAAGCAUGACGCAUUCAUUGCAGUUAAAAAAUCGUAAAUACAGAAACUGGGUCAGAGCAGGACUGGGUUUAAAGUAUGUCAAGGACGGACUGUUAGAUUUUGUGGAUAAUAAUCUUAAACAAAUACACAAUGACAGUAUCUGUAAUGUAAGAUCGAAAUACGGAUUGACGUCAGAAAUUUGCACCAGCUGUCUACUGAGGAAUAUUCAACCGGAUCACGUGAGAGAUUCUAACAAGCAGUGUCCUCUCCGGCAUGGGAACUGCAACUGCCAGUAUCCACGUGGAAAGAAUAAAUGUCCAUAUAACAUAUGCAGUGCAAUAUACGACAAUAUCGUAACGCUUCAUGCUUCUUCACCCCCUGUUCCUUGCUGGAAAAACACAAAUGCUCAGUUAUGGUGCACAAGUUAUUUCGAGUUUGGAAAAUGUUUCAUCAACGCGCAUGGAUAUGCUAACAAAACUUCGAUCUCUGAAAUUGACUGUUCAGGGCUGCUGCAUAUCAUUAUUAACAACAAAGCUAUUCAUGGACAUAUACAGUGCACAAUUACUGGAAAUGACGUCUUCUCAAAGACAAGACAAGCCAGAAAUGAUAUACUUCAUUCUGGAUCAAUGGAGCUGGAUGAUGCAAAGGUUGAUGGUUAUAUAGACGAUAUGGUGGCUCUGCUUCAGGAUGGAAAAGAACUUAGUUCAAAGCCUGAAUCAAUUAAUGCUGUAAAGCAACUGCUUAAGCUGAAAGAAAAGAAUUUUUGUAUUACUGAUAUCGACGAGGCUGAAAUUAUCAAGGAUGCCCUGGAUGCUGUGGAAAGAAAGAAACUGGAAGCGAUUGAGGAGAUCAAACAAAUUUGUCAAGAACAGAGAAGUGAACUUGAUGAAAUUGUUAGUCAAGUUAGAAGCAACCCUGACGGAGGACACCAGGGUGAUAUUACGAAGCGUCUGACUGUCCUUGAAGGUGAAUUGCUAAAUUUUCGGAAGGAUCACGACGACCUUAAAACUGAUGUUGAUUUAUUACGACAGGAGAUGUUAGACCUUAGGUUGCAAAUUGAAAACCUUGACAGGACACAGAUAGUUAAACAAGAAAGAAAAGAGCAGUUGGAGAGACGAUCAGAGUUUCAAAGGAGUCUGAUCAAACUGUACAGAAAUCAUUGCACUAAAGUUUCGAUUAUGCCGACUUCUCCAGACGAGCAGGACAUCCAUAUUGGAGAUGUAUAUGUUACGCCAUGGAUGAUGAUGAAUAAUAAAACUGAGUUUUUUGAUGAUAAUCCGGAUGAAGACUCUGUGAGAAAGCCUAAACAUACAGUCGUUCAGACGUACAAACAAAUAUUCAAGAAUGGUGACUCAAAAAUGAAAAGCAUAUACUUAGUUGGAGAGGCAGGCACAGGUAAAACUACCUUCUGUAGACACAUGCUUGAUGUAUGGUGUCAAGCACAUAGUGAGAACACGGCUACGCUGUCUGGCGAUAUUUUGGAAAUGAAAGAGUUCGAAUUUCUGUUUUUUAUCUCGCUGAGACAUGCUUACUCGGACAGUCAUAUAAAUGAUAUGAUAAAUCAUCAGUUGCUCAUAGGUUGUGAAAAUCCAGAAGUUUUUGCAGAAAUUAUAGAAAAUGAUUCAGACAGAUGUCUUAUUGUCCUGGAUGGUCUUGAUGAAUGGAACCCACCAGCAGACACCGCACCAUGCUCUCCCUACGAGACGCCUGGCCUUCCAAGAAGAGACCUCCGAAAGUCAUACACAAUUUUCACAACAACAAGAGAAUGGAAAAUUGGCGUGCUUCGUCUUACAGAUAAGGACAUAGAACAGCAAAUCUCUUUGUUAGGCGUUGAUGACAAGUCAAUCGUUUUGAUGGGGAAAAGGGUCGUACCUAGACUUAACAAAAGGUUUCACAGAAAUAAAUGCACAGAUGAAUUUUUGACUGAACUCAAACAUUCAAAUGUAACCGAGUUGAGAUAUAUUCCAGUCAUAGUGCAACAACUGAUAUGCACAUGGCAUGACGGAAACUCGUUAAGUAACUCAAGAUGUAAAACUUACUGUUCCAUGUUUGAAAUGUUGCUAGGAUGGAGUGAAAAGCGUGGAGCUUGCAACGCUAGCUUCCGGCAGCUGGAAGAAAACCUUCAUACCCAGCUCAAAAAACGAGCAGAAAGAAAUAAACUGACAGAUUUAAUACUUCCAAAAUGUUUCAGUGGACACGAAAAUUGUAAGAUGUUCAAAUUACUUCUGUACUUCUUCGGGGAAUUGGCAUACCACACUUUAUUCUCUGAAAAUGGACAAAUGAUGCUUUACUUCAAUGAAGAAUUUGCCGGCCAGUGUGGUAUGUCAAAGGAGGAAAUCGAGUUCGCACUGAAAAUUGGAAUACUAACCGAGGACAGACUGUUAAACUUCGCUGCAAAAGAAACUAGCAGGUUGAUAUCAUUCAAGCACAAGUCAUUCCAAGAGUUUCUUUGCGCCUGUUUUAUUGCGAUUCACGCAGUAAGUUCAAAGGAAAGAAGGUGGUUGCCUUUCUUUGGUGCGACCAAAAGUGGAGAAUCUUCCAAGACAGUUUCCUUGAUCACCCACAUGUUUACACAUGUGAACUCAACAGAGAAAAUUCUUGAGAAGUCAAAUAUACUAUUAUUGCUUUCAGGAUUAUAUCCUCCAUUGUAUGUACAUAUCGUAGAAAACGUCUACCAGAGAGUUUUAGAGGACCAAAGGUUACGCAUAUGUGCGGACAUUGUCUCUGAAAUGCCGAAAAUACUGAAUGAUAUACAAGAAUUUAUUUUCAAAUGUGUAACUGAAAGGUUAAAUAAUGAAACAGAAAACACAACUGCCAAACUUGCUGAUGUCAUUGUGGAUACAGAAGUGAAUGGAAAAAUGCUUGAAUACAUCGACCCAUCCAAAGUUAGAUCAAUUUUCUUCAAUGGCUUGUUUAACCGUUCAGAUAUGACAGAGUUCACAGCAACAGUUGGUGUACACGGUCGAUUACAGUUGAUUGACGCAAAACGACUGGACAGUAACACUACAAUAAUAUUGAUACAUAAUAUCAUUGAACAAUCCUCCGAUACUUUAGAAGUGGUUUCAAUAAAGCAUGCUCUAUUCUACAUCGAAAAGGAAAUAGUCCAUCUUUUUCCAUGCAUGCCAAUGCUGCGAUCGCUCCAUCUGAAAUACAUUUUGUUGACAAGCCAACAACUCUCCAUGUUGUUUUCAAAUCUGUCCAAAGCAGAACACCUCUCCCAACUAGAGCUAAGUGACAUUGAAGAUGUUGAACCACAAUUAGCCAUUCAGAACUCUGUGGAAUUGGCCAAACUGGAACAUUUGGAAGCCUUGAAACUAGAAAAGAUAAACUUUGAAAUUAGAAAUCUCAGGACAGCUAACCUUAGAGUAUGCGAACUUCAUUUUGUUGAUCUAAGAAGAGUCAGCGCGGCAGUCAAUGUUAUUUGCUGCCUGCGAGGUGCCAGGAAGAUAGAAACAUUUGCUGUUGCUAUAUCCGGUGUGAUAAAAGUUGAAGAAAAGGACAUGUGUGAGAUAUCAAGCUGCUUAGUGAAAACUUUACCUUCUUUCCAUAAUUUAGCACAGCUGACAAUAAGCAACCUGGACUUUUUCGACAAAGGUCUGAUUUUAACAGGAAAGAUGCGCUUAAAACAUUUAACUCUUUGUUGCGUUACAAUGACUUUUGAUGCAUGGACCAAGUUAAUCUGCAGCUUGUUUUACCUGCCAAACUCGGUACAAGUGAAUGUACAAGACUUAAAGUUAAAGCCGAAACUGCUGAAAGUGGUUGCUAUGAAAUACAUUACAGACAAUCGUGAUAAGUUUGAGGUUAUUCACAACAACCAGUAUCAGAUUUCUUUUAGGACAAUUCAAAACAAAUGAAAAAUUAAACAAAGGAAGUGUUGUUACCAGACAAUUCCCGAAGUGGAAGGAAUUUGCUUCCGUAUGUUUACAGUAUGGUGGCUUUUUGGUAAACUAACAAAGAAAAUGUACAAAAUUUGGAAACUUAGCCCGAAAAUACAAGAGACAGCAAGGAUAUAAUUAAUGUCGCGCAAACAAUUAACAAAUGAAGACGUAACAAACCCUCUCCUGGUCACCAGAAAACCAGUACGAAAUACAGAAUCGCAUGUGGAAGCGAGAGUGGGAAAGAUUCUGAAUAUUUUGAGCCUGUCGAUUAUUCUUAUACCGAUACUGAAGCACCUGUCAUGCCUGCUACUUCUUCCUCAGUACCAAACGUGAAUAUAUAUACCUCACUGAUAUCGAAUCUCUGGCUGAUAGAAUAACACAUUUAUCAGCAACGAAACUCAUAAAAUGAAAUUAAUGCUUUCCAAUUUAAGUCUUUUAUGAUAUCUGAGACUGUGCCCGGGGUCUUGCUAUAAUUGUUUGUUACAAAUCUUAGGUUGACUGCCUGUUGUUAUAUAACUGAAAUACUGUUUGAAAAGGUGUUAAACAAAAAAACAAGGAAAGAAGAGCUUGCAAUACUCGGAAUUUAGACACAUCAGUACCCGUACAAGUAUGGCAAUAAAUUUAUACGUGUAGUUUAAAUGUUCAUGGUUCACUGUAAUGAGUGUAUUAUUUAAACAUGUGAAACUGCUAAUCAAGAAUAGCUAAAUGGUAUUUAAGCCAAAUGCGAGUUGUUUCGAAAUUUCUAAAGUAGUUUCAUAAAUAAAUAGUAAAUAUUGAAAGUUCUAUGUUGUAUUUAUUCAUACAAACACAAAUAUUAAAAUACUCAUGACAAGGCCUUAAAGGGUUAGUCACGCAGAAGGAAUUGACGCAAAAUAAUAAUUAUGGGUGCACAUUAACUGUGGCAGAGUUUUGAUAACGGUGAAGGGGCAGCAGGACAGACCGAUCAUGCCCAUCUGAAGUGUCCCAUAAACCUCAAAACAGAAAGUAAAUAACAAUAUCUCCAUGAGCAACAACUGGGAAUAAUAGAUCCAUAUAUUAAUAGAAAUAAUUAAAGUGUAACAGUGCUUUAACUUAAGAAGUUCUAAACGAAAAACACUGGACAUCAACUAUAUUAAAUGCCUUAAGUACAUAUCUAUUUUAAUCUGGUAGAUAACGUUGUUCAUACACGUCAAUUAAUUCAUCAGUGUUAUUAUAGUCCAUAGUCCUUUUGGGAUUAAGGAAUCAAUUCAAUAUAUUUGGAUAAUAAUAGUAGACGGGAGUGUAAGGGAUGCUGCACAUUUCAUUACUUCUGGGCAAACACUCGAAGACUCCUGUAUUUUUGCUUGAACGCAUUUAAGGGCCUAUUCCUCCAGAGCUUCGUCUUGCAGAGUUAGUUAUUUAAUAUGUUCCACUUAUAGUCAUAUCGAAAAUAACAGAAAUUACGCUACCUUCACAGCAAAUUUAUCUAUUUAUAUCUGUAUCUAUUUUUUCACAGCAUAUUGAUAAUUCUCAUCUUAUGUACAAUAUCGCUCUAUAAAAUUAAGUUACAGCACCAUGUGACAAAACAGAUAUACUGUCAUGAAAAACUAGUUUUUCUCUCAUAUUCAAGUUGCAACAAUUAACACCUGGUUUUUAAAAGAAACAGCAUACUAUUGUGCGUUUUAAUCGACCUGGCGGGCGGAGUUUCGCAGCGGUCCACUGCAUUAUUGUGCAGGAUAUGUAGUAUAUUCUGCAACCUGAUUUCUUAUUCAGUGGCCAUCUGCUUUACAUUGUAACCAAUGUAGCGUUGAAUUUUAGUUGUUUGUUUGCUAUACCUAUUUUGUUCCUUUUUAGCUUACCUGUCACUGCGGUGGGCUUUUGUGAUCGCUCUUCGUCCGUCCGUUCGUCCGUUCACAAUUUCUUGUGAACACGAUAGAGGGCACGUUUUGUAAUCGAUUUUAAUCAAACUUGCACACAACUUGUAUUGGUAUAAUACCUCGGUUCCUUUCGAAAACAGAUCAGAUCCCAUCAUGGGUUCCAGAGUUAUGGCUCCUUAAAGGGCCAAAAUUUGUUAUUUCUGGCUUGUGAACACGAUAGAGACCACAUUUUGUAAUCAACUUUUAUCAAUCUUGCACACAACUUUUAUUGGCGUAAUAUAUCGGUUCCUUUCGAAAACUGGCCUGAUCCCAUCAUGAAUUAUGGCCCCUUAAAGGGUCAAAAUUUGCUAUUUUGGCUUUGAAGCCAUAUAGAGACUUCAUUUAUGGUUUGAUUUGAUACAAACUUGCAUAGAAUGUUAAUCUUGAUAACUUCUAGGCCACAUUUGAAACUGGGUCAUGUAAGGUCAAAAACUAGGUCAGUAGGUCAAAUCAAAGGUAAAGCUUGUUAACAUGCUAGAGGCCAUAUUUAUCUUCAUGAAACUUGGUCAGAAUGACUAUCUUGAUGAUUUGUAGGCCUAGUUAUAAACUGGGUUAUGUGGGGUCAAAAACUAGGUCACCCGGUCAAAUCAAAAUGAAAGUUUGUAUACACUCUAGAUGCCACUUCUUUGCUCCAAUUUUUCUCGAAACUUUGCCUGAAUGUAUGUUUUUAUAAAAUAUCGGACAUGUACAAAUCUGGUUUAUGUGGGGUCAAAAACUAGGUCACUAGAUCAAAUCAAAGAAAAUGCUUGUUUACACUCAAGAGGCCGCAUUUUUGGUCCAAUCUUAAUGAAAAUUUGUCUGAAUAUUUGUCUAUGAAAUCACGAGGUCAAACAUGUUUACACUGUUAUGGUGUGUUACUCAGGUGAGCGACCUAAGGCCAUAUUGGCCCUCUUGUUUGAGA